AUGGGGUACGGGGCGGAGAUUUGGGAGUGGAAGGAAAUGGAUGGGGUAGAGAGGAUGCAGGAGAGGUACAUGAGAUGGGUACUAGGUCUAGGAAAGGGGACGCCGGGAUACCUAGUUAGGGAGGAAUUGAAGAGGGAUAAACUGAGGACAAGAGCGGCGAAGAGGGCGUGGAAUUUUGAGGAGAAGCUGAGACGGGGAGAGGGAAGUAGCAUCGCGAGGAUCUGUCUGAGCGAAAUAGAGAGAAGGGAGACCAAGAAGGGAGUCUCAAAAUGGGAGGAGAAGAGGAGGAGGUUCAGGGAGGAGAGGGGGCUGUUCGGUUUGAUGGAGAGAAAGGGGGAAGGGGGGUGUGGGAGGGUGUAUGUCUGGUCGGAUCGUGACCAUGGAGAGGUCAACUAUUAUCUCACACAGAUGCUGUCGGGACAUGGAUGCUUCAGGGCUUAUCUUCAUAAACACAAACAUGAGGGUUCCCCGCUGUGCCCGACCUGCACAGCAGUACAUGAGGACGCGGAACACGUUUUUUUCAUAUGCCCACGCUUCACCGAGUUACAGAAUACCUGGGAGUCCACACUUGGGAGGCAGGUUUUGCCUGAGAACUUGAUGGAAAUUCUCUUGUCAUCACAGGCGGCCUGGGACGCAACGAGUAACUUGGCAGCCGAAGUCAUGAAGGAGCUCAGAAAUGAGGAACCCAAACGCAAGCCUCUGGCAUAG